AUGGCGAAUUCGUCUGCGCCGCGGCGCGCCCCUUCGUACACAUCUACCGUCAGCGGCGACAUUCCCCGAUUCGUCACCUUCACCUCACCCGUGAGGCCAUCGCAAGCUGCAAGUCUCCCGCUCAACAUCAUUGCUCGCAUCGCGGGCUUCCUGGAUGACCCGGCGGACAUUGCGCGCCUCACGCGCACGUCGAGAUUGCUCUACUACAUGUGUCUGCCUCAGCUCUACGAGAAAGUCAACCUGCAUUCUUACCCCGAAGUGCGCUACACCAAUGGCAAACCGGAAGGCUUUGGGAGCGGAAGUCCCUUCAUCAUGGGUUUGAACGGGCUCGUCACCCGGUCACAUGCUGGUUUGGUGCAGGAUUUCCGCGUCUGGGGACAGUGGAAUGAAGCGGGCGUCGAAGACUUUGCCAAAGGCCGAGUGCCGGACAAUAGUAUGAUGCUCAACAUCCUAUUACGAGCAGCGAUCGACCGCAUGACCAAACUGCAGACCUUCAGUUGGGAGCUGGACUGCAAGCCUCUAAAGACCAUGUACCAAGGGCUGGGCGCCCACGCUACCCUAACCAGCUUGACGAUCAAGUUUCCCAAGUCGAGAUCACCGCGACCCACGGUGAUCAUCCCUCCAAUGGCCAACCUGCGUGUGUUCAAAGCGUUGGACAUCGACCCCUUGUGCUACCCGGACGACAUCUCGGUCAUGCUACUGCAUUCCAGAAAGCUCGAGGACCUACGCCUCCACUUUGUGCCUCGAAUCCGGCAGCAGGCGGAGUCCUUACUGAAUCUCACCACUUAUUUCGGUCGUUGCGCGACCGCAGGCCACAAGUUACCACUGAAGCACUUCGCUCUACAAAACUUCUACGGCCCCAACGAUCAAAUGGUCGACUUCAUGCUCAACGAAAAGACGUGCAAGAGCGUCAGCAUGCUCGAUGCAUUCGGGGGAAUGUCGGGUGGUCCGAUGAACAAAUUCUACGACGAUACGUGGAAGCAGAUACCCCAAGAUGUCAAGGCUUUCUGGCCCAUCUCGCGAUGCAAUGAGCCAGCGGAGCAGCAUGUCCGUAUGCUAACGAACGCCACAAGCCAUGAACAAUUCUACGUCGUCAGCUCGAGAGUAGCCAAAGCAGCAUCCUCGCCAACUUCGACACCCUCGGCACCUCAUACUCCUGCCAAGACGCCGACACUACCGAGCCCGGACGUCGUUGAGCUCGGCAAGCAGUAUCUCAAUGUCCUGGGCAGUCACCAUGGCAAGACCUUGCGAAAUCUUCUCCUUUCCGAUCAGUGGAUCUUGGGUGGAGACGAGAUCAAGACUCUGGUUCAGCAGUGCCAACACCUUGAACAGCUUGGCCUGGCCGUGGAAGGUGCUGAGCUUCGCCCCUCUCUCAGCCUCAUUCUGGCAUCUUUACCGAAGCUGCGUGCUCUGCGAAUAUUGAACGGUGAAGUGGUAGAACAAGCGGCUGGUCAACUGGGGAUCACGCAACGCGACAUCGGUCAUCUGGUGGAGAAAGUAGGAGCGAAACAAUUCCGAUAUCUGGGGCUUGGCGAUCGCGUUUUCGAGAUCUCACUGGUGGAUGAUGUGCAACACGUUGAAAUUUGGGGGUUGGACUAUCUGGACAUCAGCGUCGAUCCCGUAGCACCCUUUUCGCCUUGA